AUGGCCUCCUACGGUGCUCAGAAGCGCCUCAACCUGCAUGGCCUGGACGGACAGGUCGAUGAUAAGACCGUGGCCAAGGCCGAUGUGUCGCUCGCCGACAUUGCCCGCGGCGUCCGCUCGCCCGGUGUCGCACGUAUCGAGGCCAUCGCCGCCAGCCUCACCAUGACGGACCGCAUCAUCAUCUUCACCAGCACCUUUAUCCUGGCCUACGCCUACGGCCUCGAUGGCGGCCUGCGCUACAACUAUCAGACGUAUGCUACCAACUCGUUUGGCAAGCACUCGCUUCUCUCCACCAUCAAUGUCGUCCGCGCCGUCAUCGCCGCCGCCGCCCAGCCCACCGGCGGCAAGCUCGCCGAUAUCUUUGGCCGCGUCGAGCUGCUCAUCUUUUCCGUCUUUUGCUACACCAUCGGCACCAUCAUCGAGGCCGCCUCCAAAGACAUUGGCACCUUUUGCGCCGGCAGCGUCAUCUAUCAGAUUGGCUACACCCUUGUCAUCCUCCUCGUCGAGGUCAUUGUCGCCGACAUCACCACCUCCCGCGCCCGUCUCUUCUUCAGCUACAUCCCCGCCCUCCCCUUCAUCAUCAACGCAUGGAUCACUGGUGACAUUCAGGCCUCGGCUACCAAGAACAUCACCUGGAACUGGGGCAUCGGCAUGUGGGCCAUCAUCUACCCCGUCUGCUCCCUGCCUCUCAUCAUCAGCCUGACCUGGGUUGGCAUUCGCGACAAGGUCAGAGAGCUGGGUCUGUUUGGCUACCUCCGACACUCCUUCCGGUCCCCUGUUGCCAAUACCUCUGGUAGCAACAUCUUUGUCCGUUUUUUCAAGUUCUCCAGCGAGCUGUUCUGGGCACUCGACGGCAUCGGUAUCGUCCUGGUCAUUGCUGUUUUCGGUUUGAUCUUGGCUCCUCUCACUCUUGCUGGUGGUAGCGCCGGUGGUACGCCCCCCAAAUGGGGCUCCGCUGGUAUCAUCGCUCCUCUGGUCGUUGGUGUCUGCUGCAUUCCCAUCUUCGCCCUCUGGGAGCUGCGCGCUCCUGUUCCUCUCGUUCCUUUCCGCUACAUGAAGGAUCGCUCCGUCUGGGCUCCUAUUGGCAUUGCCGUCUUCCUCAACUUUGCCUGGACCAUGCAAGCCGAUUUCCUCUUCACCGUUCUCCAAGUUGCAUUCGACUUUAGCGUCAAGUCCACCUCCCGAAUCGCCCUUCUCUACUCGUUUGUCAGUGUCAUCGUCGGCACCUGUCUCGGCGCCAUCGUCUUCAAGGUCCGCCGUCUCAAGCCCUUCAUCAUUGCCGGUACUUGUCUCUUCAUGGUUGCCUUUGGCCUCCUUAUCCACUUCCGAGGAUCCGUCACCGCCGACAGCGCCGCUAGAGCGGGUGUUAUUGGCGCCCAAGUCGUGCUUGGCUUCGCCGGUGGUCUGUUCCCCUACACCACCCAGGCGUCUCUACAGAUCCAAGUGCCCCACGAAAAGAUGGCAGUUCUGACAGGUAUCUUCCUUGCCAUGUAUAAUGUUGGUUCAGCUCUGGGAUACUCUGUCGCCGGUGCUAUGUGGACACAGCUACUGCCCGGGGAGCUCGAGGAGCGCUUCGCUUCCAUCAACGCGACCAUGGCCCAGGAGGCCUACGGGUCGCCUCUCACCUUUAUCGUCAGCUACCCUAUUGGCACACCUGAGCGUACGGCCCUCAUCAGCGGAUACCAACACAUCCAGAGGCUGUUGACCAUUACUGGUAUCUCGCUGUGUGUGCCGCUCAUCAUCUUUUCCCUUCUCGUCCGCAACGUCUACCUCACCAAUGACCAGAGCUUGGUCAAGGACUCGGAUGUGUCGUCCGAUGAGGAGGUUGGGACCGAGGACAUUGCCACUGAGAGGAAGUAA